GGGCGCGACGCCCUGGAAUUGCUGAGAAUGAGUCUGCUUUCGAAAAGAUUUGUGUCACUCGUCCUCAAUGUGUUGGCGUUGGAGUUUCCCGACACAAUGUGGUCCAACGAUCUGAUCGGUGAUGUGAAGGCUAAUUGGGUUGGCGAUGUGGUGCAGCGCUCGAAGUUCUUGCAGUCGCUCUCUGUCCCCUGCUUCCCAAUCGAGGAAUUCUCUGGCGAUACGAGGCAACAUCUUUGGAUAAGUCUACUUCGUCCCACUUUGAAAAUCCUCUAUCUUGAAGGAUUUGGGGGCGACGAGCGUGAGAUCCAGGAGAUCUUCGAUAGGUUUCUGGGAGGGGGAAGUGGUGCUGCCAAGGAGGUUGAGGAGGAGGAGGACCAGGGGGCAAAGGAGGAGUUGAUGGAGAAAUUGGGGGAGGAAGAGAAGGAACAGGAGGAGAUGAGGGAGAAGGGAAGAUCAGGAGAAGAAGCAAAAAGAGAGGAAGUACAAGGAGAGAUGAAGGGGAAGGAAGUGCUGGAGGCAAUGUCGUUGGACAAGAGUGAUCGAGGAAGAAUUCGAUCAAUGCCAAUUGGGAAAGAAUCACACCCUCUGCAUUGUCUGAUGAUCGACGUACAUGAGGACAUUGAAUUUGAGCAAGCAGAGCUAGAUGCCCUUAUCGAAGUUGUUCCUUCCCUGCACACUCUGAAAAUCAACGGCGGGAAGAGGCAUUUCACAUCUAUUCCCUACCCCUCACUGCAGUGUCUUGAGGUUAUUGAUCAGCAUAAAGAUUUUAUUUUGCCUCUGACGAUCAUUUGUGCCGAUUUGACUAACCUUGUGCUAGACACGUCUGCGGAGGGUGCAUCCAUGAUUCCGCUCUUGCAGGUCCUCUGCCCAAAGUUGAAGGUACUUCUGCUCUGCCCAAAGUUGAAGGUACUUCUCCUCUGGCCUGGUCAAUGUGCGCUGCCUGGAACAGUUUCUCUGUGUCAUUACCAUGCGAGGUGCUUGUGGACAUACCAUAAUUUGUUCGCUUCAGUACCAUUGGACAAUCUUGUAUCUCUUCGCCUAGAGGAUCGUAUAGUCUUUGAGGGCGCCCUCUGCCAAAUUCUGGCACACCACUUGCACAGUCUUGAAGAGUUAGAUUUGGAUAUCAGUGAGAUCUACCCUACCGACUCACCGCUCUCUAUGGAAGAGGUACAUCUUAUCCGAGAAGGAAAGGAACGCCGCGGUCAAGAUGGACCCUCAACCAGCAGGUACAAAAUCAAGGAAUGUGCUGCUGACUAUUGUUUCUACAACACCGAUCGAAUUGCAACCGAGCACAAGCCUCCUGCUUCUUCUCCUCCUCCUCUCUCCUCCACUGUGUCAUCUUUCUCUCCCAUCUCCCUCCGCUCAGAGUCUGAGGCCGCCAUUACUGAUCCCUCUUCGAGUAGGAGUAUGAAAGCUCCUCAUGCCGCUUCUUCAGCUCCCGCCACCAUCACUAGAUUCCCAGAAGAUGGUUCUCCACGUUUUCCAACGCCUUUGGGGCUUCGAAAACUGAAGUCGCUCAGGCUAGGCUUAGGGUUCGUGCGUUUGCUUGCGAAACAUACAGAGCGAUGCGUGCGCACAUCUACCUUGUAUCCCUCCACGAUGGCAGAAGCUCACAUUGAGGGCGCAUCGAAUGAUGUAUGGACAAACAUCUUUUACAAUUGUCCUAAUUUGGACAGGAUUGAUUUCACACUGUGUGGACACGAUUCCAACUGUAAGGGAUGUGAGACUGGGAACUGCAGUGAGGAGAAGCUGAGGAAGGAGGAAGAUAUGUGGGCUAGGGAAUUAGUUGGAGUCGUCAGUGCCUUUUUGAAAUCCAGCACCAAUUUGACGAGAAUUGGGCUGGAUAUUGUUGAGAGUGGUGGCACUGUAGAUUACCAUCGUAUGUUCAACAUGCUUAAGGUAGCAGCAGCUCUUCGAAUACUUGAAGUAGAAUUGGUCAUCAACCUUAGAUAUGAAGAUACCGUAGCUGCCGCCAAGGCUCAGCAGGAGGCAGCAGAGGCAGAACGUCAGCGGCUGGCCAAUGAGGCGGCAGCCCAAGCUCAGCAGACUGCUGAGGCUGRCGCAGCGGCACGAGACCAACGGAAUGCCGCCARUACRGAGUCCCUGAUUCAUAGUGAAAGUCAGUGGACAACGUUCCUCCAAGGCAUGAUCUUUGUGCCUUCGGACGCGCAGGCAGAUCCGACACUGGCGGAGGCAGAGAGGACUCACCUGGCUAACUUGAUGUUGGGCAUGAUGAGAGGCAUCAUGUGGAAUAACACACUACUGCAGGCACAUCUGCGCACGGAACGACAGCAGCGACAAAAGUACCAGCAAGACAUUGCUGUUUUAACAACUGCCAUCCGCGCCGAAGCAACGCAGCAGCAGCAACAGCACCAGCUGUUGAACUCCGCUCUCGCACGCAUCAAUAGCAUUGAGGCUAACGCCUCAGCAGCGCCAGGCUGCACGACAGACGCGACGAAGCAACUCAAUGAGCGCAUCGAUCACAUCGUCACCAUCAUUGGCGACAUAGGUGUUUUCAAUGGGCCGGACACGAUCAGUAGCACGGUGGCCGCCAUCAAGACGGACAUCACCAAGCUGCAAAUGAGACCAGACGCCGCUACAAAGACUUACAAGAUGCCGCACUUCGACAUCAGCAAGUUUGACGACUACAACAAGUCGGACGCCUUGACAUGGUGGCAACGUUUCCUCACGGAAGCAUCAUGCCGCACUGUCCCAGCAGACGACAUGAUGAAGGCACUCUACUUGCAACUAAUUGGAGGAGCGCAGGCUUGGAUGAACCAUCUGGCGGCUACCAACAAAUGCACCAUCGCCGAACUCCACACGCACAUCACAUGGACAGAGUUCGAGAAGCUAUGGUUCACCCGGUUCAUGGUCCGCAACGUCGUCAAGGCGGCCAUGAAUGAGGUGUACACCUGCUCUCAAGGGAAUAUGCCAACUCGAGACAGGACAACCAAGUGGCAGAAAAUAGUGACCACGCCAGGAUUCGACUUGAGUUUCCCAAAUCAACGAUCCGAGUUUUUCUCGCGAUCGUGCGCGGGACUGCGGUCGGCACUCGGCAACGAGUAGGACUAUGACACGUUCCAGGCCAUUCUG